AUGGAGUUUUACUUGGAGAUUGACCCCGUCACCUUGAACCUGAUCAUCCUAGUUGUGAGCUACGUCAUCUUGCUCCUGGUUUUCCUCAUCUCCUGCGUGCUGUAUGACUGCCGAGGCAAGGACCCCAGUAAGGAAGAUGCUCCCGAGGCCAAUCUUGAUGCCCAGCCCUCCAUCCGCUUGGUGGUGAUGCAGCAAAAUGCUCCAGGGGGCCCCUGGGCAAGGGGACCUGGCCUCCAUUUUGGGGAUGCUGCUCCACUAGGGAAGAAAAGUACAGUGGUGUGA